AUGACACAGCCCGGAAAAUCCACCGCCGGGGUGCUCCAGAUCUCGGCGGCGGCCACGAAGCCCGGCGCGCCAGCGAAGAAAGCCCCGAAGCCCCCGAACCCGCGCCUGAAACUGCUGAUCCGCCGACUGCCUCCAGGGCUGACGCAGUCGGAGCUUGAAGGUGCCCUCGGGCAGGACUGGAAAGUUGGUGGAGGAAAGGUGGACUGGCUUCAGUACAAGCCCGGCAAAGUGUCGAAAGACCCUGCCAAACCAUCUCGGCCGUCCAGAGCCUACAUCCACGUCACGUCUAACGAACAUAUCGCCCCUCUGUCGGAUCAGGUCCGACAAACUACCUUCCAAGAUGCUCGGAACACGAUCCACGACCCAGUUCUACUGGGACCUCCGACGUUGGAGUUCUCUCCCUACGCCAAAACCCCCAGUACGCGCGUGCGCAAAGAUGCUCGCCAGGGCACGAUUGAUCAAGAUCCCGACUUCAUUGCCUUCCUUGAAAGCUUGACGCAACCUCUUACCAAACCGGCACCCGUGGAUUCGGCAGAAAACGAUGAAAAGAAGGAGACGGUAACGACGACGCCACUGGUGCAAUUCAUCAAAGACAAAAAGGCGAGCAAGGCAAAGGACGGCUCCUCCUCCAAAUCAUCCAAGCGAGCGGACAAGGAGUCGAAGCAGGAGAAGGUGCAGGCCAAGAAGCUUCUACAGCGACCUGAUAAAGAGCUUGCAACCAACCCGUCAUCGGACAGAAAGAUCAAGGGUGAUAAGCAAACUAAGGAGUCCGGUAAGGCGACCAAGCAGGCUGCAGCUACUACGAAGACCGGAAAAUCAAGCACGGCGAACGCUACCAAAGAGAGCUCAACGUCCGCUACGGAGAGAAAGAAGGAACGGGGCACCGCCGCCGCCGCCACGAAGAUCCUACAACGUGAUCUUGGGCUGUCACCUUCGCCUUCCGGAGGCCGACGACGUGGUAAAGGCGGCUCAACUGAGGCAGAUUCUCUCAAAACUGAGGGCUCGCAUGAUUCUUCGGCGCCCGCAGCCAAGGGCACGAAGAAAGAGGCUGCUUCCAAACCUCCCAAAAGUACCCCGUCAGCAUCAUCCAACUCGAACAAGGCGAAGGAUGGAGAGUCCAAAGCAUCAGAUGCAGCCACGUCUGCGACCACCAAUGCACCGUCCGCCAAACCACCCAAAGCGGCCAAACCCAAGCCCGCGGUUCCCUCGAAACCGUCGCCCGGCUCCACUCAGGCCUUCCUCAAACACGCCAACCCUUCUCAGGGUGUCACUGAAGCACUGUUAACGGCAGCGUUCCUUCCGUUCGGCGCAUUGACCAAGGUGGAGAUCGACAAGAAGAAAGGGUUCGGGUAUGUGGACUUUGCCGAGUCUGAGAGUCUCCAGAGGGCCAUGCUCGCCAGUCCGGUGGCUGUUGCGCAGAGUCAAGUUGUGGUUCUCGAGCGCAAGGCAAAUCCCGGAGGAGAGAAGUCUCGGAAGGGUCGAGCGGACUCGCAGCAAGCCAAGGACGGCAAGGCGAAGACGGCCGAGGGCAACGUCGCAGGGGCAACGGGAGCUUCUCGAGGGUCUCGUGGAGGACGCGGAGGACGCAACAAAGGGAAGGGUGAAGGGUCGAAGGGAGGAAUCGAAAAAUGGGGAGACGAGGAAGCCAAAUGA